AUGAUGAGUACAAAGCUUGCUUGGCACGGCCGGAAUUAGGUACUAAGGUUAGUUAACCCAAGGUUAGUCUACAGUGCAGUGAUACACAGUAGUUACCUAACUAGGUUAUGUACAUAAGGCUGGGAGACGCCAGAACCCCACCAGAACCCCACCAGACAGACUGGUUGGCUGCUUGACUGGCAGCCAAAAUUCUGCCACCCGCGGGGCGCCUCACCGCCUCAAUUUCUUUGAAUGCCCUCUCGAAGAGGGCAUGUCAUAGCAGCAUUCCGGCAUCACGAACCCAAACGCCCGCUACGUCAACAGCUUCACUUUCCCCCGAACGACUUGUACAACCUGCGCAUCCCACGAUCUCAGACUGCCCAAAUAUACCCCCCACAGCGCAUUGUCGUAUUUCCAUCACCCCCAACAUGUCCCGCGAAUCCUACCAGAUCCCCACCCAGGGUUCCAGCGCGCCCGGCGCUGGCAACGCGGCUGCCGCAAACAACUCCAUCUCCACCGAAGGCCUUCCUAUGCUCUACAUCUGUGGUGACUGCGGCACCAAGUUCCCCCUCAAGCGCGGCGACACCAUCCGAUGCAUUGAGUGCGGCUGCCGUGUGCUCUACAAGGAGCGCACCAAGAGGUGAGUCAAGACGCCGCGUGGCCCCAGGAAAGAAGAAGCUAUCAGUAGAGGACUUGAGUGCUAACGAUGCAUCACAGAAUGGUUCAGUUCGAGGCGAGGUGAGGUGGACUGCCAUUGUAACCGUAUCAGAAACGCACCACCGGGUCCAGCGCAAUAGCUCCACGAAAACCCGCGCGCUGUCUUCCACCCGGAUUCAAACACUCUGCUCAUGACUAUGCAAUGCACAACUCGGGAGAAGCAUUGGAACAUCUUGAUACCGGGUCGCAUAGCGGCAUGGGGGCUCGGAGCCAGCACAUAGGGGGUGGGUCAAGGAGUUCAGGAGUUCAUUUGAUGUUGCAACCACAGGGGCUUGGUGGACCAAA